UCACAAAUAGAGAUGAUUUUAAUGAAAUCGAUUUUGCCGCAAAUUCAAAUUCCCCAUCAUAUGGAUCUUCUGAGAGCUUAUUGAGCUCAUUCUACUAACACCGAACUUAUUCAAAUCAAUGCUUGAAAUUAGUCGCAUUGGUUUACAUCAGCUAUAUAUAUAUCAUUUUUCAUCAUCGAGGUGUUUGUAUUUUUUACAGAUAUCUUGUUUUUUGUUGCAAUAAGUACAACAUCCAACAAACGGGCGAUGAAUAUCUUGGGGAUGAGAGGUGUGAGGGCGAGGGAUGAAGAUGAGUUUGUAGAGAUCCAGUGCUCACGUGAAUAUCAAAGUGUUGUUUAAGAGAUCUUCAUCAGGUGUUGAAGCUUCUCUCGUGCCUUGACUGAGACAUUCUUCUGCGAGUUUCAAAGGCAAGAAUGAACGAAUGCAAUGUUUGUGAAUGGAGCCGAUUGUCAACCGCCAUGACCUGCUGUUGGUCUAGGUCGGAAAGAAUUGUGUGGGUGUGGGUGGUGAUGUAAGUGUUCACACGAUUGAUAUCCACACCCACACUCACACCCCACCCCACAUCCACCCACACCCUCAUCGAUACCACGGUCAACAUUCAUAUUCAAUCAAAUAAAAAUUCAUCCAUUUUGCACAAGUAAUUUUGUUCGUGAUGAUCGUUGGUUUUAAUAUUGGACAAUGAAAUGUUUCAAUGGUACUAUCGAUUCUACUCCACCAUUUUAUUGGAUCGGUUUUUUGCAAGAAUGGCUUGAAGUUUUUUAAUUAUGUUGAAAUAGUAUGUGGCCAAUUCAAUAAAAGUUUUUCUAAGAUAGUGAAUUCGUUUCAAGUAGAAUAUUAUUUUCUCUCAUUAACCCAUUACGCAACUAUAUUUCAAUGGAACAAUUCAUAAUUGGAAAACUUCUCUUCAAAACCAGGUAGAAUAUAAUGAAAAAAAGAGACCUUAAAAGCAGACUUUUUUACAGUUGUGAGCAUCGAAAUCGGAAGAUUUCGCCGUACUAUGCGACACUCUAUUCUAAUAGACGAAAAAUAUCUAUGAUGAUAUUGAUCUUUUACAGAAAGAGGGCAAAACAUCAGUAGAUAAAUCUGAAAAAGCAAAAUAGCAUUGCUCUAGUGUCACUGAAAGCAAUAUGCACCACUAUAUCUUUUAUGUAGAUUUACCAAAUAGACUCGGCUAAAUUCUAUUCAGUGGAACAAAGUAUUCAACAGAAUAAAUUAAUUUCAUUUGAUUUUAUUGGUCCUUCUUUGAUAUCCAAGCCAAUCAAUAACACAUGGAUUCUCGAGUAGGCUUCAGGUAUUACCGACGACAUUAAUCAUCUGCCAUGCGAUUGUGAACAAGUUUUUCUAUGUUUAAAACCAUUGGGUUUCUAUAGCUAUUCAUCGUUGGAUACACAAACGAAUGCCAUACCAUAUCAACUUCUUCCUACCAUACAUCCUACUUGUCACCUUUUAGAUUUCGGUUAUUCCACACUAGACGGUUUUUACAAUGAAUCAUGCGUUCAGAUGCUGAUUGAUCAGCGUCUUUAUGGUUAUGAAAAUAUCUAUUUGCCAAUUAAUUUGAGCAAUAUAACAGCACUUAAUCCAAAUGAUUUCAUUAUUUAA